AUGUCUAUUCCAACAGCAGCAACAACCUCUGAAGUAUUGUCUUCUAUUGCACAAGGUCAAUUAGAAAAUAUUAAGAAAGCAUCUACACCACAAGCUUCACGUUCCGGAACACCUGGUGGAACACCACAACCUCAGACACCAUCAAAUGAAGGUACCUCAAAUACAAAUAAAUACGAUGAUUUGACAAAACUAGUUGAAGAGAUGUCUAAAGAUAUAAAACCCUGUUAUGCUGGAAAUAAAAAUUCAACAGAACGUCUAAAAAGGCACAUUGUACAUGCAAGAAUUUUAAUUCGCGAAUGUAACCUUGAAUUGGAUAAUAAGAAAUAA